UGCUAGCUAGUUUCUUUUUAGUUUCUUUUCAAGUAAUCUCUAGACAGUUCGCAAAGUAAUUACAAGUACAAGCAAAUAAAGUCACUCAAAGGCUCAAACAUCUUCUUGGUCUUAUCUCAUUAUCAAUACUUCAAAGGUUAAGUACCGCCGCUAAUUAAAAUGYAAAAAGUAGCGUACAGUAAUUUCUUUUACAUGGUAAGUUAUCGUUCGUAGUUCGUUCUGAGCUAUUUUGCACUUCAAGUCUGAGAGCAACUAAGCGGCUCACACAAAGCCAAAUUUUCACGACAUGAACUUCAAGUCUUUACAAAAAUACCGUUUUGACAAGCGGUUAUUUUGUUUGACCUUUAUCAUGUUCAAAGAUAAUUGAAUCCAAUUUAAGCCAACAAUCAGGACACUUUUUGACAUGAAAGCAAACAGCCUUUUAGAAUAGUGGUCAAUUGUUUUGAUUUGAACGCAAUGAUCAUAUCUCAGUACACGUGGUUUGGAAGACAUCGAAAGGUGCAUAAAACGAAAGUUAAUAGUAAAGAGACCGUGUGUUCAAUAUGAUUUUACUUCGUGCACAAGAACAUUAGAUUAAUAGAUAUCAAGGUGCCUUCAACAAUUUUGGUAUUUCAGUGAUAAACUAAUUAUGUCAUUGCUUUGUACCUUGAGUGACAGACUUCAGGCUUUCAAGUUUUACUAUUGGGUAUAAGAAAUCACGUGCGUCACCUAGCUAUAUGACGAAAAAUGAUACCCAAUUCAAAAUUUUUCACUUGGCGCCAAUUUUCGGAUCCGUUCGUUCUAGGCACUAAACGUUUGUUAAACAUAUUCAAAGUUUUGUAAAAUGGCGAAGUUUGGACUUGUUUUAUUCUAUUUAGAUUCUAAGGUUGUAGUUGUUAAAAAAUCGAUAUGCGUUCUUCGCAAACAAUUCGAAUCUGGAAAUGAUGUAGAAGUUAAAAGUGGCAAAGAAAUAUUCUUAGCAAGGAUCUUGCGGACUAACGCUUGCGAGCAGCCCUUAAGUGAAUUGUGUGCAAAAUCUUGCAGGCUGAUAGACGAGGCAGGAGAAAAAAGUGCCGAGCAGUUGAUUGAAAUUUUGGACAAGUCCCUUGACCGUGACCAAAGCUCAACCCCAGAAUCCAUGGCAAAGUCUAAGCAUGGCAGGGCAAGGAAGAAGAUCGAUUACAAUCAGUUGUUAGAUAUCUCUGAGGAGCCGAAUGAGCAGGGAAAAGAAAACGAGAAUGCUAAAAAACAUGCUGAUGCAAAGAAAGAAAAGAAGAAAAAYAAAAAAACAUGCGAUGAAGUCAACAAAAAUACUGAAGAUGUAGUUGAUGUCGACUCACAAGCAGAGCAUUUAGAGGACAUUGAUGAUAUGGGUGUGGAGACAGAACAAUCAUCGAAGCGUAAGAUUAAAGCUUCGAAAUCCAAAGCAGAAGAUAUCUCUGAAGAGCAGAAAGUGGAAAAAGAAGAUAUUCAAAAACAUGCUGCUAAAUCAAGUGUAAAAAAAGAUAAAAAAAAGAAAGACAAAAAAACAUGUGGUGAUGCCCCMAAAAAUAMAUCGGAGGAGGUYGAGGAGAUAUUUGAUUUGAGUGUGGAGCCAGGGAAAUCUUUAAAACAUAAAAUAAAAGCUUCAAGAUCCAAACCAGAAGGUAAUGGGUAAUGGUGCUGUUGAAAAUAUAGAUGUACUUAAGUAUUCAAGUUUUAUA